AGUUCGGAAAGCGCGCCCGGUUGGAGAGGGGCGAGCAGUGGCGAGAUCGAGCGAGUAGCGAAGAUGGCGGCGUACGAGUUGCUGUACUUGUGGUUUCGCCGACGACGGCGUUUUUUCACGCACGUCGACGCGUUUGUUAUGGACGACGACGAGUUCCGCCGGCACUACCGAUUGUCUAAGAACAUCGUGCGGUGGCUCUGCGACGAACUUCGAGACGACGCGGCCUUGAGGCGGCAGCGACGCGCAAGGACGGUGAUGACGGUGGAGCAGCAGGUGCUUUGUGCGCUGCGAUUCUACGCCACCGGAAGCUACCAGGGGCAAGUGGCCAGCGACCGGCACCUCGCUGUUCACCAGACCACCGUCAGCGCAUGUGUUCGCGCCGUGUCUACAGCCAUCGUGCGCCGCCUCGGUCCCCGGUGGAUCGCCUUCCCCGAGACCGCGGAGGAACGGGCGGCGACGCAAAAAGCCUUCCUUCGUCGCGGUUCCUUGCCCGGAGUCGUCGGGUGCGUCGACGGCACCUUCGUCGCCAUCAAGGGACCCUCUAAGUACGACCCUACCGUGACGAAGGCGCUCUACUGGUGUAGAAAACAGUACUACGCCCUGAACGUCAUGGUGGUGUCUGACGCCGACCUGCGUAUCCUGGCCAUCGACCCAAGGAUGCCCGGCUCAACCCACGACUCAUAUGUGUGGAGGCGUUCGUGGGUGCGCCAAGAGUGCGUUGCUGGCCAUCUUGUCAGGCACAAUGAGUACCUGCUUGGCGAGAGUGGGUACCCCCUGGAGCCCUGGCUGAUGACUCCUGUGCCUGGGCGGCCAGCACUUGGCACACCGACUGGGGAAUACAAUCAGGCCCAUGCCUCCAUGAGGGCAGUCGUGGAGCGCUGCAUCGGGCUGCUGAAGAGCAGGUUCCGGUGCUUGCACAGGCACCGGACCCUUUACCAUCAUCCGAAGAUCGCCGGCACGAUCGUGGCAGCCUGUGCGGUGCUCCACAAUGUUUGCCUCUGCUCAGGGGAGGCCGAGCCAGAGCCACAGUCAGACUCAGACAGCAGUUCUGACGAGGACAGUGAUGAAGAAGAAAGCGCUGACGCAGCUCGCGAGCGGAGAGGCCUCCAGUCGAGGCGUCUUUACAGUCAGGGCAAGGCUGUGCGGGACCGCCUUGUGCUUCUGCCGAGCACAACCCACCUGCAACGCGUCCGUGAACGACUGCGUCGCACCCGUCGUCGCCGCCAGCACCAGUGAUGCACUGUAACUUGUCGCCGGGGCCUCUUUGAAUUGUGUGUGUGCGUGUGUGUUUGUACAGUGGCGUGGAUGUUGUGCCGAAGCCAUUUUGGACUUCGUGUGCGCUUAUGUACAGUGAUGUGGAUGUGCCAGAGUCAUCUUGUACCUUCUUUGUGCAUGUGUACAGUGUGG